UUAGGCGUUAUUUGGCUCACGCAUUUGCCAAUUGAAUUAUUAUUGCAAGUCUUAUUCGCUGGGGAGGCCUGUCGUCAGUAUCACUUUUCCUAUUUCUGGUUCUUCAGCCACAAGUGGAGCUGAGACAGGCGACCACUGGAAGAAGGCACUGAAAAGGCGCAAGUACAAGAAUAGGGACGAAAAGAGUAAUCCCAUCCUCGUUCGUUUCGUUUCUACUUGCCCAGAGCAGCCCAGUUGCUAGCCCAGUACUUGAGUGCCUCUUCUCGGCUUACGUCCUAUUUCACCAAUACCCUCUUUUUCUACCACCCCGCCACCCUGUCGUCCAUUCUUACUUACUCGGCCGGACCGUUUUUCUUUUUGGGAUUUUCCUUUGAAAUAUCGCCGACUUGGUUCGUUCUCUCUGCACGCAUAACGACCAACGUCACACGGUCUACUGUCGUCGUUUGCCCUCACUCUAUCCCGAGUGUGUGAGAAGGCUCGCUUGAUACACCCACUCUGACGACGUCGUCAUUGCCGUUAGGCACAUGCGGUGUACAGCUGCCAGCAAACGACUCCGUCACCAGCCUUGCGUUACAAGCAGCUUUGUUUGCGCCUCUAGUACACCUCAGAAAGCCUAAACUCUUCUCCAGCAUCUACUUCGAGUUCCAUCGUUGCUCCCUGCCGACACUGCCACUCCUGCACCAGGCAUCGCACGAGAACUCUUUGUCUACGAGACUACAGAAAGGAACUAGCCUGCCCUUUGGUAAAGGUUUCGAUACCUAAAACAACAUUGGAUACAAGCGUCUGACGACACAGGAUACUUACUUUCAGCCCCCACGACCACAGACAUUAUUAAAUCCCGACGUUCAUUGACUGCAGUAACCGACCGGGACUCCCGCCGAAACAAGACGGACCCUACCACAUUUACCCAUUGAACAAAUCCGCGCUUUGGGGGUUCUGAUUUGUCGAUUAACAGCGGAAACCGCCAUCCGAUUCUUUUUAGCAUAGCUCUAUGCUAGAGCGCAGAUUGCAAGGAGUUUUUAUUAAUCUUCUUUCAAGUCUCGGCUUCCUAGAGCAUAAAUUAGCCCCUCGCGGAGCUCCAAUCUGAAACCAGCACAACGCUUCACGCUUCUAUCGCAGGACGAAAAAAGACCAGAAGCUGUCGGUAUACUGUCGACGCCAGUCGGACCUUACAUCAGGUUGAGGAUAAAACCUGGCAACGGAAAUAUAUUCCAUUUAUUACACCGCUCCGCAUCGACUCCCGGUUACUAGCAGCUGCUCGCGACCGAUUCAAACACUUCGACUUUUUAACAUUAUUGGGCUCUCAAGGAUGGGCCAGUGACAAGUACCAGGUGCUUUCUCACCAGGGAACUUCGAGUAAUGAGUGCCAUUCAUGCUCUGACCGACGGGCCAGCCCCGCCGGCAGUGUCCGCGCCUUCCGCCGAAGGUUCGCUGCAGACUCCAGACAGACCACGGACGGACGCUUCACAGUUCCCCUCGGGAUCAUUAUCACCAACAUCGGCUCGCUUAUAUUAUGUGGAAGAUGAACUCAACAGAAGCAAUGUGCGACCACCGUCACCGUCACCUUCUGCUGUUCUCUUGCAGACUUCUUUCACGCCACCACCACAAGAAAGACCUGAACAACCAGAUGCAUUUUUAGAAGGCGGCGAGGCAUCUAAUCAACUCGAAGAUUCGCCAACCAUGCAUCAAAAUGUCUUUUCUAUACGUGAUGGGAUGAGUGCGCAGAGCAGAGCUCGAACUAGCCGGCGUCGAACAGGUCCACUCUCUCAAAUAUCGCGAGAAAGAGCGGCCCUCAUUCGAAAAUUAGGAGCCUGUGGAGAUUGUAGAAGAAGACGGGUUGCUUGCCAUCCAAGCCAUCAUGGACUGACAUGGGAGGACGUUGUUACAAAGUUCCACCGUGCUCAUAGUCCAACAAUACAGGAUUUGGCUCCCGCAGUUGCGGCUGGUCGCCUCAGUCCUCCUCGCCCGGAAACUCAGGCUAGAAGAGCGCAGGAAGCUAUGGAAGCUAUUGAGGCCAUGGAGCGAGAUGAAGUGGAGAUGCGAGAGGCGUUGGCAUCAAUAGAAACAGCUACAAAUGCGACGACGCAUCAAGCUAUGGAAAUUGAUCCGCCAGCCCGGCCUCCGUCACACUUCACUGCCAGUCGGUCGUCCUUUAGUGUCCGGACACCACUACCAGGAGUACCUCGCACUGAAAGGACAACAUCAUUACCUGGGAUAAAUGCUAUCCGGAAUGAUUUACAGGCUAGCAGCACCAAAUUACUGACAUCACAUCACCGUGGCCGAUAUACAGAUGUUCGAGCGCUGCUCCUAGUUUGGCAGGGCGAUGAAGAUGGAGAGAUCGCCGAUCGGGCAACUCGCGAGUUGAGUGAGGUUUUUGAAAGAAGCUACCGGUUUACUUUCCAGCUUCAAACACUACCAGCGUCAGAAUCGGGUUUCUCAUCGUCUACAUGGCGCUGGCUGUCCAUAACACUGGACAAUUUCCUUGACAACAAUAACCAGAGGGACAUCUUGAAAAUUGUCUAUUACUCUGGUCAUUCAUUUAUGGAUGGAAACAGAGAAAUGACACUGGCAAGUUCAAGGCAGAGCAAUAGUGCAACUUUGAUCCGAUGGAAUCCAAUUCAGUCACGCUUGGAGCAGUCUUAUUCGGACACCUUAGUAAUCAUGGAUGCUGCAUUUUAUCCAUGUAACAGACUGGUGAGGCACCAAGGUCUAUUCGAAAUCUUCGCCGCAUCCAUCUCCGAGGAGCAUUACAACAGCCUUGGUCGAGCAACAUUCACGCGACUACUAGCGGAGCAGCUUCGUAUACGAGCAGCGCGAGGUACACCCCUCUCAGUAGCCGAGCUACAUUCUAUCCUCUUGACUAGUUAUCCAAAAGUCGUACAUGAGAGGCACCCAGAAGUGGAAAAUGUGGUGAGCUAUCCGGCGCCAUUGCAUAUGCUGGCCGCUUCCAAUUCGCGGCUACCGUCGAUUUUCUUGAGCCCUGUGCAGCAUUCCAACACAGCUCGAUCGAGUUUCAGCACUGACAAUACCUACGAAAUCAGCGUCUCGAUUCAACUGCAAGAUGAUAAAAUUGAUAUGGACGCGUGGAAUGAGUGGCUUCGGAUGAUGCCCGAAGGGGUCAGAGACGUCAAGGUUGAAGGGCCUCAUCGCCACCCUUCAUUUUCCAGGGAUUAACAGCACACUGCGACGCUACAGCCCAUUUUUGCCUAAAGAAAUACGUUUCGAAUGGGGGUGAGUGGUAUUAGCCACCGAUGUUGCUACUGUACCUGGCAGGCGUCUUGUUCGGGCUGCCAACUUGGGGGCGGGUACCACCUACACUGCGCGAUCGAGCUACGGGCCGAAGCGCGCUUGCAUUAGGGGACCAUUUAAGACUCAAGACGAUGUCACCGCCAGCCUGUGGUACGAAACAAUACGAUAGAAAUGUGUGCUCAAGCAAGUUCACGAAACUUCUAUGUAUAUAUUAUGGGAUUUUCUUUCUUUUACCGUUGCUAUGUUGUUGUUUUUCUUAUUGGGUUUUUUCUAGGAACAUGUUUGACAUGUAUAUAUACUUGCGGAUAGACAAAUGAUUGGGAGUAAGUGCUACAGGAGAACUCUAGGGCGUUUGGUUACAUUGCCGUGCGCACAGUAGCUAUCAAGACCAUACAACUGUUUUUGUUUCUUGUACUUUGAAAAUGAAACUCCACAACUUCUUGGAUACUGUUAAAGCCUAUAAAUUGCUAAAUAUUGAUUGUAGACAUAGGGUAGAAUCGC